GCGACUGUGAUAUUCGCCGGUAUACGGUGACCACUUUUGGAACCACUACCGUUUUCGAAAACUCGACGCAUGAUUGUUAUUUCGGUGUUUUCCUUUGUUCGCCCGUCGUGCAUUUUUCUCUCUGCGACGGCUAUAUCGGUGGGCAAGGCUGACACACGAGUGGACAGAUCGUCCGUCCGACAGAAAUUUGACAGAUAGACAUCCGUCCGUCCGUUCAAAAGCCGACCGUGCGCGUAUUUUCUGUUCGAGUUAUCGAACCGGAACAACGUUGUAGUCUCGAGGACAUCGUCCAUUGGCCGCUACUGUCCUAGCCGAUUAUCGUACCCUUUUUUGCUUUUCCCGAACCGCAGACCCGUGGCCGUAUGUAAAGAGUAAUCUCCCUAGUCUAGGCCUGCCGCCGCUGUUGCUGCUCUUCACUACCACGUCGACGCCAUUCUCGGAUGACCGACGCCACGGUAUCCCUUUGACCGACUGAUUGCAACCGCUAUUGAAUCUCCAAUGUCUCAAGACUGACUAAAGUGGUAAUACUGCCUCCCUGCCCUAUUUUUAGGUUGGCCGCUAAAAGUGCUGAGGUAGGUACAAGUACAAUGUCUCCAAAUUCUGAUUGAUAUCGUGCGUGCCUUUUUAAUAUGUUUCAAUAAUUGUGUCUGUAGGUCGCCUCAUAUCUUUACUGAUUAUGUCUGCCACCCCUACUCCUCGCAGUCCUAAUAAUAAUUCUGGUCGCCGAGGUGUGACAGCGACUUUGCCCGUGGUCGCUGCCGUUCAGGCGACCCCUCCGUCUUCACCGACCAUUGUGGAGACCGCUAAGGAAGUAAAACCAAAUCCAAAGAUGUCUAAAGCUCUGAGCACAUCAACGAAAAGGUAAAUGUUCAUUUCUUUUUUAUGAAUCACAUUUAGUUAGGUACAUUAUGUGUCCAAUUUAAAAAUUUUAUUUAGGUACCAUUUAGUUACGUCUUAUCGUUUAGGAAACAUGACAGUUUUAAAAAGAUACCUAUUUACCUAGCAUUAUAUCAUACCUUAUACUUAAUUAUAAUUAUCAAAAAAAAAAAAAAAAGAGUUGUUAAAUGUUUUAAUGAAUGUUUUAUCUUGUUAAGUCAAUUAAUAUUAAAAACAAAUUUAAGUAUAAUAUCAUAUAGCAUUAUGUCAAUAUUGAAAAUAUUUCCCUUUAUUUUUAUAAAUUUAUCAUACAAUAGACAUUUGUUUUUUCACUAUUAAAUUAAAUCCUGUUUGGCUAAAAAACAAUUUGAAUUUGUUUAAAGAAUUAAUUAUCUAUCUUUUAUAAACAUUAAGAUUAGCUAUGAAGUAUAAAUAGUGUGGAUAAUUAAUUAACAUAACGGUUAAGUUUUUUUUCCUGGUAAUUUCUAUUAAACAGUUAACUGCUUAACGCUUAAGAACAAAGAUACCAACCACUUAAGUAUCUUGGUAUACAUAUUACAGAAAUCAGACAAAUAAACGUUAUCUACGUAUUUAAUUUCAAGAUUUUGUUUCCAUUAUUUGAUCAAAAGUUAAUAAUACUCAAUAGAGGUUAGGAUGGUGAAACUGUGUUAUCAACCAAAAUAUUGUUUUAUGAAUGAUUUUAUUUAUUUGUAUCUCAAAAAAACUUCACAACAGUGUUUAAUUUUGUAUAUUAUUAUGAUAUUUGCGUUGUUUCUAUAACUAUUUAAAUUUAACUCUUAAUAAUUUAUAACUCAGGGGUGACUUUUAUGUAUUUAAAAAUAUACUAGUUUAACCAAAGUCUCAAAUCAUUUUAAUUUUCUGGUUUUAUAUUGAAAUCCUAUCACAAUAUGCAUUAUAUAAUAAUAUCAUAUAACAUUGGUUCUCUAAGGGAUGUAGGCAUACAAAUUAAAGAAAAGACUCGAAGUAACCAGUGGUUCAUCAUUUAUAUAGUAAACUAGUGAUUUAGUUAAAUUUUCUAUCUGACUUCUAUAAUAUUUUUAACUUCUUUUGCUUAUUGCAUGUAUCUACUAUUUUAUUUUAAAAUAGAUUUCAUAUUCAAUUUAAUGGUAUUUUUUUUAUUUGUUUGUGCUUUACAGGCCUCUAAGGCCAUUUAAAUUUUUACUUUAUUGUCCAUAUUUUGCAUCCAACCACAAUUGAUGGUGUCCUCCUGAUCACUUAGAUUGGGUUUUAACUAAGAUAUUUUGAAUGUGGUUUUUGUUAGCUCACCAAACAUGACCUACAUAGCCUACUCCAAUCGUUUUACCUUAAGGUACUUUUUAAUGUAGAUUUAUUGUAAACAUUUUCUAUAUGCAUAUUUUUCUUUUCAUAUUUUCCAUUUAGAUUCAGGUUGAUGUUUUUUCUGUAAAAUUUUCAUUUAAAAUGUUAUUAAUUUUUAAUCAUUAGUGCUCAAUAUUUUGUUCAUUAACAAAGUAUGCUCAAUUUGCUGCACUUAUCUUCUUUUAUACCUAUUUUGUUUUGAUUAUUAUUAUUAUUGUUUAUAUAAAUUAUUAGAUAUUUAAAAUGGUUUGAUUACUCAAAAGAAUCCAUGUCCUUAUUUUAAAGUCAGAUUUGCUUAUGAUACGUAUGGAUAAUACUAGGUUAUUUAGUUUUAUUUUCAUUUAUACUAUGACUUAUUUACUAGAAUUGAUUAGACUUUGUGGUACUUACUAUUUAUUUUUAGUAUUCUUUAAAUUGUAUAUAAUCUGCAUAGGCUAGCAGUAUGAUAGCUUUUCCAUUAAGCUUCAUUGUAUAUUUAUUUAAAAAUAUAUGUACCUAUAUUUUUGUCACAAGUGCUUAAACAAUUUAAAUUAAUUUAGUAAGUGUGUGUUAUUAGUUGAUACUUAAUAUAAAUAAAUAUUUUACAGGAUUCAAAAAGAAUUAGCGGAAAUUACAUUGGAUCCUCCGCCAAAUUGCAGGUAAAGUUUAUGAAUAUUUUUAAACAUUGCUAAUUUCUAACUUAAAUUCUUAAAUUUAGUUACGUAUAUCCAAUUUUAUUUUUAAUUUUUUGGGAAGGUGGGGUGAUUACAAAGUUUAAAAUGAGUUACCUUUGGUGCUCACACAUUUUUAUCUGUGUUAAAUAAUAUUGAAAAAUGUCUCAAAUAAUAUUAUAUUGAGCAAAUAUCAAAUGCUUUACCUAUAGAAUAACCAAUAAGGAAUUAAUUAACAACUAAAACAAAUUUAAUUCAAUACCCAACAUACUAAUUAUAUAAUCAGUUGGAUUAUUUUUAGUAUUAGAGUAAAUUUUACUAUUAGGGUAUUUCAAAGAUAUAGGAAUAUUUUUUGUUACCUUUUGUUUUUUGUUUUUUUUAAAAUAUUUUAUUCAAAAUUAAUAUAUCUAAUAAAAUUGACAAAAACACGCACAAGAGAAUGUCAUUGGUAAUUUACUUUGAUAUUAUACAAUUUAACAGCUGUAUAAAUGAUGCAGUGUGUAGAUUGGUAGAACAAAUUGAUAUUGUCUGAAAAAUUAUGAGAAUCCUAUACUUUGUAUUUUAUUUUUUUUUUUUGUCUAAUGUUUAACAUAUUUAUCAGUUUCUUAAGGUUUACUUGCACAGUCAAUAAGGGUGUCUGGACGAAAUUUCAUCCAGACAAAAUUCUGCUGGUCAACGCCCUUCAAAAAACACAAAUAAACUAUGUUGUCUUAUCGUUUGUACCUUAUUUCUGAAUUUCCAAAAACUGUCUACCAGUCUUAAGUCUAGUAAAGUGUAAAUGAAAAGUUACCAAUACAUUUACUUUGUAGUUUGUUACAUCUGCAUAUUUUUUUUAUUUUUUUUUUUUUUUAUCUAGGUUAGAUUUUGUCCUAGCUUCAUCAAUAAUAAUAAAAGUGAUUGUAAUGUAGGUAUAAUAAUAUGCAAUAAUGUUUAAAUAUGUGUACACAUUUUAGCGCCGGACCAAAAGGUGAUAAUGUAUAUGAAUGGGUCAGCACAAUUUUAGGUCCUCCAGGUUCAGUAUACGAAGGAGGAGUUUUCUUCUUAGAUAUUCAUUUCACCACAGAGUAUCCAUUUAAGCCUCCUAAAGUAUGUAAAAAAAAUUGUUCUUAUUAUAGGUUGUCAAAUUUCUAAUUCUGACUGUAUGUAUAUUAGGUACUUUUUAGAACUCGCAUAUACCAUUGCAAUAUUAACUCUCAGGGUGUAAUUUGCUUGGAUAUACUAAAAGACAAUUGGUCUCCUGCAUUGACCAUCUCUAAGGUGCUGUUGUCAAUUUGUUCCUUAUUGACUGAUUGUAAUCCAGGUAAAUAUAAACAAAUUAUUUAUGAACUAUUUUGUAAAUUUAUUAUCUAAAUUGUUAAAAAAUAAUAACCUAAAUAAGUCUUGACUUCUACACCUUCAUUUCAAUUACUUGGGAUCAACCCAUCAUUAUCCUAAAUUUUCAUUUGACCUAAUUUCCUACCUCUCGUACUCUGUGUGUCCUUAAGUAUUCUAAUAUCAUUCUCAAUGGAACCACCUCUUUUGGCUUCUUCUUAUGUUUAUUUUCAUUGCUGUUCUUACUGCUUCUGAUUCCUUUUUUUUAAUGACAUGCUCAAACCAUCUUAUUUUGUCUUGUUAUUCUAUUAUAGAAACCUAUGCUACAUUUUAUGUACUUGUUCCUUAUCCUACCUUCUCUUGUUACUCCACCAUGCACCUAAGCAUUCUCAUUUCUGAUACACUCAUUCUCUGUUCUAUUUUUCUACCUAUGACUGAACACUUCAAAUCAUACACCAUAGUAGGUCUCGCCACAUUUUUAUAAAACUUAUCUUUAAGACCUGUUCUUUUAAUUUUUGGUAAAGUGUCAGUAAGCUAACUAGCUAUCCUUAAAUUGAAUAGCCAUUUAAUUCUUACAUACAUCAGUUAAGUUAAAAAUCCCUGUAAACUUAAUGAUUAAUGGUCAAAUUCUACCAGUUAAUUUUUGAUUAAAAGAAAAUCUUCCAUUAUUAUUAAUAAUUUUUAUGAUUACUGCUGGUAACUAGUUUGUGUUUUUCUGUUUAAACUCUUGUUAAAAUGUAUUAUGUCUAGAAACUAGAGCUAUGCAAAACUAUGCUGUAUGUUGCCAAGAUAGUGAUUUUUUUGAUUUUAAAGACAAAACAGUAGCAUUAAUGUGGCUAUUUGAAAAAAGAACAUUUUUCUAUCACGGAAAAACUAUUUUCAAAUAUUAGACUAAGAAUGAUUUAAAGAUUGAAUAAUUCUGGGAAAUGCAGUUUAUGCAUUAUCCCAUUAUUUGAUAACACUGUUAUCAAAAGUAGUGAGGUUAUGUAAUGAAUCCUAAAUUAGGACUAGGUGGAGCGAACGUUUGGAGUCUGGAAAGGAUGAUUCGUAUCUUAUUUUGAGAAUAAGCUUAAAAAUAGAAACAACAAUGGCAGUAAUUCAGUUAUGUCAGACAGUUAUUGUGAUCUGAUUUUUUACAUUCCUCUAGAUACUUGCUUGUUUUGUAACUCAACAACACAUUUUUAUGUUGCAUGUUUAGAACAUAGAAAUUCAUUCAUGGGCGCUUGUUUUGGGAACACUGUUAAUUAGUUAAAAUAAAACUGUUGGUUAGUUAUAUGAUUAUUAAUCAAAGGUGGUAAGAGUGGGCUGGGACUUGCCCACAAAAUUACGGUUACCUAACCAAAGGCUUUACCGACACUUAACCGGACAUUGUAAUAACGAGCCUAAGCAGCAUAAGUAUUCCCUUGUCAUAUAAAACACCUAAACACUCCAUUUUAUCCAAUCAUGCUUAAUUCUGUAUUACACAUCCUCUUUUUCUGUUCUCUCAUACAUCUGAGGCAGUAUAAUUUUCCCAAGCCUUGAUUAGAACUUCUCAUAUUAUUUGACACAAAUUUUACACCUAGGGAUUAAUAACUUAAUAACUUUUAUAAAAUUAUUAUAAAAGUUAUUAAAAAUUGGUAUAUUUUAGUUUAUAAAUAAUAUAAAUAAUCAAUUGUUAAAUAUAUUUAUUUUUUUUUCUAUAUAAUAUAUAGCUGAUCCCCUAGUCGGUAGUAUUGCUACACAGUAUCUACAAAAUCGAGACGAACAUGACAGAAUUGCCAGGCUGUGGACUAAACGGUAUGCUACAUGAUUGAUACCCGAGUGGAGAAAACAUAAAGUUUAUAUAUAUAUAUAAAACAAAUAAAAACCAUGCUAAAAAUCCUAAUUCCGCAUAUUCUUAAUGGGUGUUAGCAUGAUAACAUUUUAGUUUGUAUUAUUUUAUAGUUGGCAUAUUUAAGACCUGAAUAUGAGUCAGUUCCUACAUUUUUUAAUUUUGUUUUUCGCGGAACAGUGAUAAUCUAAUAAAUUGAUGGGAAUAAACAUUUAUGAUAAAUGUAAUGUAUAUGAACUGACUGCGCAUCAUUUAAGCCAUAUUAUUGUAAACUAUUUAACUUUUAUCUUUAACAAAAAAAAAAUUAUAAGUAGUAAAUUUUUUAUAAUCGAUAUUAGUUAAUUGUAUAUUUAAUUCCGUACUUAUUAAAUAUAUAAUUAAUUCAAAUUAUUUGUGACUAAAACUAACAUUUUAUUAAAGAAAUGGUUUAGCUAUGCAAUAAUAAUCUUUUUUUUGUGUUACCUCAAAUGAUUGGAGUUACUACUCUAAUUAAUAAUAAUACAAAAUUAAAGUGUAGACUGGUUCUUAUAAUUAAUUUACAAAAAUAUGAACAUUAUGUAAACAAAUUCCAAUUUAAUGUAAAUGUAAAUUGGUAUGGUAUUCAUAUUUUUAUAUGUAAAUUAUUAUUCUACUAAUUUCAAAUAUUAACUGAGCAAAUUUUUUUACUUUAUAUAUUUUUUUUUCUACUCUUCUUGUAAAAAUAAUUACAUACUUAAAUUAAAUUGUGUGGGUAUUGUAACAGAAUAACAUAUUUUUUUCAUUUAAAUUGUACAAUGAUAUUAUAUUGAAUUUAUUUGUGACAUAUUGGACAUUAUUGGGUUUUCAUUAUUAAAUUAUGUAUUACACAUUAUAAAUGUUCUUUCUUUCUUUUGUUGUUUUGUGUACUUUUUUAAUCUUACUUUAUACAUUUUAACGUUUUUAGGAAUAUAUGUCAGACAAAUUUAUUAAAUCACUAAUUUUUAUCUCUUAAUUUAAAUCACGUAACUAAUUUUUAACUUAUAUAUUUAUUUUAUUUUGAUGUAUAAAAUAAAAAAUAUAUUUCCAAACCGUUUAGUGAGAGUUUUCAACUAGACUGAUAUUUGUUCAUUAUUAUUUUUAUUGUCAAUUUAUAAUAGAUAAUAAUUUAGGCUUGUGGUUAGUGUUGCGCAGUCUAAUGUUCUAUGUAAAUUAUAAUAUUACAUUUUACAUAACUAUUAACUAAUUGUUUAAGCUGACCAAAAAGAAACUCAAUUUUUUUUUUAAUGCUUCAAAUAAAAAAAUUAAAUGUAUAUUUUUUUAGCCAAAUUUUGGAGUUUAAAAGUGUCUUAUUAAGGUUGAUGUGUAAUUAUUAUCUCACGAUUGUUGGUCUGAAAAUGAGAUAUUUUGAAUUUACUAUUUACGUGUUCUGUUCAUUACUACAUGAAUGUAUGAAAAAUACAAUAUUUUAGCAUAUCUGUAAAGUUAUAAGUUAUAUGUAUGUAUUAUUAAUUAAAUUAAUAUUAAUAUUAUAAUAUAGAAUAAAUAAUAAAUUUAAAAAAUUGUUGUGAAAUAUUUAACUGUGUAUUUUGUUUGCUACUAUGCUCUAUUCAUAAUCAGAAAACAUUUCGAGUUUUGUGUAGAUGUAUCGUAUACAGUUGACAAUUUCCAAUGUUGUUACAAU